AAAUUUUCUUCGUCUUUAAUAAUUUUUUAAACAUCUUUACAAAAAAUGAUAAUCCCAAAAAAUUACUCUAUUUUGUUAAUGUCAAAAUUUUCAUACAUAAUAAUUAAUUAAAAGAAAAUUCUAUCCAAUCAAAUACUCCUACUACUACUAUAUAUAUACCGGAGUAAAAGAAAGAAAGAAAGAAAGAGACAACGAAAAAAAGAAGUCUAUAAAUUCAGAGAGUCUCUUUCUCUCUCGUUGUGGAUGACUCAUCUCUCUCAUUUCCUGGAAUUGGGAAUUGGGAACAACCCCCCCUGUACAUCACAACAGCGCCCUAAUUCACUCUGAAUUUCCCAAUUCAUAGCGGCGGCAAAACAAUGGAGAAUUCGACCCAAGAAUCGCACCUAAGAUCCGAAAACUCCGUCACAUACGAGUCCCCCUACCCUCUCUACGCCACCGCCGUCUCCUCUUCCACCCGAUCUCCACACCACCACCGCAUCGCCGUCGGCAGCUUCGUUGAAGAAUACAACAACCGCGUCGACAUCCUCUCCUUCGACGAAGAGACCCUAUCCCUCAAAUCCAACCCUAACCUCUCCUUCGAACACCCUUACCCUCCCACCAAGCUCAUGUUCCAUCCCAACCCUUCCGCCUCCGCCUCCGCCCGAAAAUCCUCCGACCUCCUCGCAUCCUCCGGAGACUACCUCCGCCUCUGGGAAAUCCGCGACAACAACUCGAUUGAACCCCUCUCCGUCCUUAAUAACGCCAAGACCAGCGAGUUCUGUGCCCCGUUAACUUCCUUCGACUGGAACGAGGUUGAGGUGAGGAGAAUUGGAACGUCCAGCAUAGAUACGACGUGCACCAUUUGGGAUAUCGAGAAAGGGGUUGUUGAAACCCAGUUGAUUGCGCACGAUAAGGAGGUGUACGAUAUCGCUUGGGGCGAAGCAGGGGUUUUCGCGUCAGUAUCAGCCGACGGAUCUGUGAGGAUUUUCGACUUGCGUGACAAAGAGCACUCCACGAUUAUCUACGAAAGUCCAACACCAGACACUCCUUUACUUCGAUUGGCUUGGAACAAGCAGGAUUUGAGGUACAUGGCGACGAUAUUGAUGGACUGUAAUAAGGUUGUGAUAUUGGAUAUUCGCUCACCCACAAUGCCAGUGGCCGAGCUUGAGAGGCACAGGGCGAGUGUCAAUGCGAUUGCUUGGGCUCCACAGAGUGCCCGACAUAUCUGUUCUGCUGGGGACGAUGCACAGGCACUCAUUUGGGAGUUGCCGACAGUGGCAGGUCGCAAUGAGAUUGAUCCCAUGUCGAUGUACUCUGCUGGGUCUGAGAUUAACCAGCUCCAGUGGUCCGCCACUCUGCCUGAUUGGAUUGCUAUCGCCUUUGCUAACAAAAUGCAGCUUCUAAAAGUCUGAGGUAGGGGAAUAUUGUUCCAAUUAUGUAUUAUCAUCUGCUGUGUUCAUGGGCUUCAAAUUGUAUGUACUAUUACCGUCAUUAUAACUAUGCCGAUGAGUUGGAAAAACUUGAGCGACGUUUACUGGCUCUUAGUUGAACUCUUAAGAGUUAAUCUUAUUCUAGGAGUUAUUGAUGUUUCA